AUGCAUCAGUAUGAGUUGGAUUACUUUUGUAAAAUUGGGACACAAAGUUUAGUCGCUUCGUCCACUGCUCAUCUGUUGGUAGCAUGCAAAGUGAAAUCGGAUUUGGAUAGUCGUGCAAUGCAACGUCUGCAGAGUGCCGGCCACGCAGUAAAAACAGCUACCGAGCAUCUCGUUCAUGCAGCUCGUUCGGCAAUCCACGAAGACGAACGUACAUUCAUCAUCUCACAGCGCAUGGUUUCGGGGAUUGCGCAGAGUGCCGGCCACGCAGUAAAAACAGCUACCGAGCAUCUUGUUCAUGCAGCUCGUUCGGCAAUCCACGAAGACGAACGUACAUUCAUCAUCUCACAGCGUAUGGUUUCGGGGAUUGCGCAGGUCAUGGAUGCGCAGGAGCAAGUUUUACGAAAAGAACGUGAAUUAAUUGAAGCGCGUGGGAAACUGGCAGCAUUGAAUAAAGCUCGUUAUGAACGAGGUAUUUCACCGAGUGCAGAUCGAUAG